AUGGCUCUACCAUUACUUACGGUAGCUGAGUUUUUGGGUACAAAUUACAACGAUAACUUGCGUCAUUGUUCUAUAGUGUGCUCGUUGUCAGCGGUUGUGUUUGCUGCCGUGGUGAAUUCGGGUCAAGUUCACGUACGUUUCGUGUUUUUUGUUGGUAUGCGUAAAAGUGCAUAUGCGCCAGAUGUAAAACAUGUGUGCAUGUGCAUGUAUGUAGGAUAUCAACACGUACAGUACAAAAUACAUCCAUAUCUGCGUCUUGUAUACAUCGAAUAUAGACAUAUUCUUGUGUGCUAG